AUGUUCCGCCCAAGGAAGAAGAAGGAAAUCUCUCUGGUGGAGGAACUAAGAGAUCUGGAGCUCCUCGAGGAAGGAGACAUAGUCGACAUCCCAGAUGUGGAAAAUGACGACUUGAUUGAAGAAAACUCACUUAGUGUGGUAGUGAGAUAUAGAACACAUGGAAGAGGAGUGGGAGAGAACCGGGCUCAGUUUAUCUUCCAAUCCGACCGAGAUCUCCACCACGUCCUAACAAGAGGACCCUGGUUCGUCAACGGGUGGAUAGUAGCUCUAGAACAGUGGACCCCGAGCCCUGGCCCCGAGUAUCUCACUAGGAUCUUGUUCUGGAUCAGAAUUAGAGGCUUGCCAGUUCACCUGCUGAAGAAACAAACUGUGGACUACUUGCUUGGUCCCUUGGGGAAAGUCGAGAAGGUGGAGCUUCAUGCUAAGAACUCUACUUCAGUGGAAUAUAUCAGAGCGCAGGUUUGGAUAAGUACAGAGGAACCGCUUCAAUUCCGUCGUACAGCAAGAUUCAAAUCUGGUGAAGUGGUUCCUACAGAGCUGGAGUAUGAGAAGCUAUUAAAAGUCUGCUUCCUCUGCAAACGGCUGACUCAUGAUCAGACGCAUUGCCAGUUUGCUGAGCCUGUAGAGAAUGUACCCCAGUUGGAGAGCUCACGGAGAUUCAAUGAAAACAGACGACUACAGAACAGAGGGCCCCAGGGAGACCUGCCAAUGAAGAAUGCUAAGGGCAAAAUGAGCAAGGGAAAGCAGGUAGAGAACAGAUCCAGAUCGAUCUCGAAUCACUCUGAGAGCAGAUUUGGCAAAGGCAAGGAAAGUAGAGAACAGUACGAGAUGGACCUUCCAGAGGCCACAUGUAAAGUGUGGAGACCUAAAUCAACCAGGGCCAAUACAUCCUCAGGCACAGGAGGGUCCAAACAAACAAGGAGCACAGAAGAGUCCAACUUUAAGCAAAAUAGAGGAGAGAGUCCUGGUGGAGGGAGGAAGAGUGGUGGAUCUUCAGGCGCAAGUCAUAUGACUCCUACGGUUUUUGAAAGACUUGGUGGACACCGUUUGGAGGAGGAUAAGGAAACCAAAAAAUCUGGAGGAUCAGGAGGCUCUAGAACCCCUCUACUCAAAGGAGGCGACCAAGGCGACAAAGGAUCGAAAGGAGAGUCUAGCAAUGGAAGCCGAGGCUCUGGCUCAGUGUUCGAAAGGCUGGGUAUCACAACAGUGAGCCCUCAAGAGAUAGAUAAGAAGAAAGAAGAAACUCAGCCUUCGAAAAGAAGAAGACUUAGCAGGAGUGAUGAGAGAAGCUCGAAAAAGGUAAAGCUCGCUUCGCGCAUUGAAGAAAAGUCUCCUUCAUCAGUCUUCCAGAGAUUGGGAGUGGAAGCAAUUUGA